CGGGGGUUCACAAAAAUGUCUGCAAUUGUUGGUGAAGACGCUAUGGCGCCGACGACACAUCGAGGGUUAUCGGAUUGGUGGAACGAGGAGACUGAGUAUGUGUUCCAAAGGAUCGAGGAAUGGGCCGCUUUAGCACGAGGCUACAACCGCCUCAGAUCGCAGAGGUAUUCUCGAGGGCGUCUGACCAUGAGAGACGAGCCAGUCGACACCAACUGGAACAUUUCAGCGAACAAGCUCGUGGUGGGGGACUGCGAGUCUUUGAGUCCACGUUUUUAUAGACUGGAACGUUCGUGGAGACGAAAAUCCAGGCCAGAAGAAGUGCGUAUCAACUGUUGCGGCAGCCUGAAUUACCAAUCGAACAAUCGUGUGGAUAGCCAGUGCCUGGAGGAGUACAGAUACGACCACAGCAUUUACUUCAAAACGAUCGGCGACAUCCGUGGCAGAAAUCGAAACCGGAAUUGCAGUCUUAAGCGGGCUGAGAGUCCCAAAACCGUGGGGGAAAUCGAAUGUCACCGAUGCGAUGACGAACGUAGCGAAAAAUCACCGCCUGCAUUUAGCGGGAAAAGUGCCCUUCACGAUGAUGAUCAGCCGUCGAACGCUGCUGGUUCCCAAGUUUGGCCUAUCACUGAUUUGACACAGAUGAACUUGGAAGCCGACGAAAGUCGACGCUAUUUGAACGAUGAGUUAGAAGGGGAUCUACAGAAUGAUAAUUACUGCAGCAGUGAGGAUAAUCUUAAUAAUAAUAAUCAUGUAAAUAAUGGCGUACAGUGUGACGGUAAUUCGAUAACGCGGAAAACUGAUCAACAGUUGUCACUAAAGCAGCGAUUAGUCAGUAUUCGGAGAACCAGACAAUCUCCCCGAAAAGUAUCUCAGCCGACGAUAACUGGAGACAACAAUGUUGUUUGGCCUGGAGUUCUACUUAAUUACACAAAAAAAGGUGAUGUUAUCUGUUCGCCGCAUCGUCAGUCGAUCAAAAAAUAGUCAUAUGGUAAAUUAUUAAUGUCUCGUGUAGUAUGUAGAAGUGAAAGUUUGUAUAAUAAAUGCAGAGUCCAUACCUGGUUGAUCAUGUAAUCAUAAUAUCUGUAAACAAU